CUUGCCAUCUUGUCGAGUGGUUGGGUCAGAAGAGCGGCAGGCAGCAGUUAGCUACCAAUUAGCUUAGUUCUCCACUGGCUGUGGUAAAGUGGUUAUCUGUCAGCUAGCUGCUACUAGCAGCUGCCAAAAGUGAGCUGUCCAGACAGAGAGAGGCGACACUUCACCGACUUUGAGACGUUUUCUCUGUCUCUUGCUGGAGUUUAUGUUCUUUUUGGACAGACAAUGGAUUUGUUUACAUCAUGAUGUCGCACAUGCUGGUACCGGAGUAGGGAAAACUAGCUAACAUCAGCUAACUCUGCUAGUCUACACUUAUAGCUGAGAGAGAACACCGGGCCCGCCUCAGACUAAAGUACCGGUGGCAGCUGCUGAACAAGAACUUCAACAAAGGCCUGCUUCCAACUUCGCUGCCGGGACACAGGGCAGGCCGACGAGGUGUCAGAGAGGCCGGGGUAGGAGCAGCAGUCGCCGCGGAAGGUUUCGGGAGUUUCGCAGGGUCUGUCCCCGGUUGUGACACCUUUCUCCGACAAGAGAGAGGAAGAUACACGUUAUGGAAAUGUCCUGUGACGGUACGUGUCUGUGUCACAUCCCUCAACUGUGAGUUACUUCGCAAGACAUUAGUCCAGCACUUUAUUUCACCGGGAGCUGACAGACCCGAGACAAAUAGUCAACAUGUCGAAAAUGCCGGCGAAGAAGAAAAGUUGUUUUCAGAUCACGAGUGUAACGCAGGCUCAGGUGGCGGCCAGCAGCAUCACGGACGAUACUGAGAGCCUGGACGACGAGUCCCGCACAGAGGACGUGUCGUCGGAAAUAUUUGAUGUUUGUCGGGCAGACCUUGGGGUGUGUGAGAGGAGCUCUUCAGAGGAAACCUUAAACAGCGUUACGUUAGGGGAGCCUCCGGACGGCCAGACGCCCUCCACGGGUCCUGUCAACGGGGGACUCUGUUAUAAAAGUAUAGGCACUGGUCGUGUCACCCCACAUAAUGUAGCAGGAAGUGUGCCUGUGCCUGCUACAACUCAGCCUUUUGUUCCGAGCCCAGCCACCCAUCCGCCAGUCACCAGUACAGUCCCUGCUGCCAGUGUGGCUCACACAGCUCCUGGGAACACAACCAGCUGCAGUUCCCGUUUCAGGGUCAUUAAACUUGACCAUGGCACUGGUGAGCCCUUCAGGCGGGGCAGGUGGACAUGCACUGAGUUCUAUGAGAGAGAUUCAGAUUCAAAUCGGACUGUGGAUAGCAUAAAGCCAGCUGUGACCCUUGAUCACAGUACAGACAGGGACAGUGGGCAAGGGGCCACCUGUAACUCUGUGGUUAUUAGCUGUACUUUUUCUGCACAGGCUUUGGAGAACACCUCUGACAGUGGCUACUCUGUUGCCCAUCCCGCUCACUCCAACCAUUCAGAGCCUCUGCAGCAAUUGUACAGCUUGUCUCCUCAGAUAGGGAAUGGAGCAAGUGCCUUUCACCCCACAGGGUAUCCACCUACAGCAUCCCAACAGGCCCAGACCUUCCUCUCUAACAGCCUCAAUGGUGUGCACCAUGGUGGUCCUAUUAUGCCUCCUGCCAUGCAGGCCCAACAGUUUGCCUAUUCUACUCCUCCUCCUGGCCACUCAUCUGGCCAGCAGGACUAUCGUCAGCAGCACUUUGUCUCAAGCACUCAAAACCUUCCAAUAUCUGCCCUCUCUAUGGGGCCUCUAACCAGCCAGGUAUCAUCGCCUCUAAUCCCCCCUGCUGGUGCUGGGGCCCAAGUGCCAGGUGGAGAGGCAGCCUCAGCCCAGGGGCUUCUGAUGCAAGCAGGCAAUACAGGAAGUGGCCAACAGUAUGUCAGCCAGACUCAGCCUUCAGGAGGGUUAGGCAUUGCCCCUGCACCUUCAGUCCUCACCUCCUCCUACAACAGUGUCCAGAACGCACCUGCCACAGUGCCCAAUGCAAACCACAACAACCCUCCGGGAGCUCCAAGUCAGGGGCCCAGCACAGGAGGGCUUGUAAAGCCCCAAGGAGUCCACAGAGGAGCAACAACAGGCCUUCCCUCCAUCUUCAGCAACCAUGUAGAAGAUAGCAGGCAGAAGAAGUCUGAUGGACUCCCUCAGCGCAGCGCCAUUGUGAUGCCAGGGAAAGAUGGUGUAAUACCUUUCCUCACCGGUGGCUUCAACCUUCCCAAUCCUGCUGUCAACAGUCUGUUUGGCAUCCACAUAACCAUGGAUGUGGAUGAGGACAGUGCAUCCGGUGCCAGCGUUGUUGCCAUCGAUAACAAGAUUGAACAAGCAAUGGACUUGGUGAAGAGCCACCUGAUGUAUGCUGUUCGCGAGGAGGUGGAGGUGUUGAAGGAGCAGAUCAAGGAGCUGUACGAGAGGAACUCGAUGUUGGAGCGGGAGAACGCCGUGCUGAAGUCGCUGGCCAACACGGAUCAGCUGGGCCAGCUCUCCAGUCAGCUCAACACGGCCGCCGGCAGCACGUCGCCGCCCCUGCAGCAGCAACACCUGCUCGUCACAAACAACAACAACAACAGCAACCCCUUAGCGCACCACGAUGCAAGUCAGAGCAUCCCUCAGCAGCCCAACAUCACCUCGGCGUGAUCCAAUCUCCUAUAGUUAACACAGCUCCCAUGGACAGGAGUGGAAGAUCCUGUUAGAAAUGACAACAACUGCUGCCGUCCCCUUAGCUUCAUUAAGGCAAAAGUCUCGCCUCUGUGUUCAAUAUGCUCCAUUUGAGUAAAAAUCGACAACAGCAACAUCUUUUAUUUGCCACCAAGAGCCAUGCUUCAAUGUGUGCACCUUGCCGUCACUGGGCUUCCCGUUAUUAAGACAUUAACCACCCCUUAAAGUCUUAUUCUAUCCCUGCAAAGCUGUAGAAGAAGAAGAAGCAGGGGAGGCGGUGCACACCAUAAAACUGCAUACUGUUCUUGUGCAAGAGGAUGGGGUCAAACGGCACAGAGAGAGAUUUGUUGGGGCAACAAGUGAUAGAAGAGGGCGGUGCAGCGCAGUGAUGAGGCUCCAGCAGGGACUGUCCUUCCAGUAUCCCCAACCAAACAUCACUCAUGGGCUGGAAGAGGCCACAGAGCCGACGGAGAAGCGGGGGAGACGAUUCGUCCUCCCUGAGCGGGGGGGGAAGCCGACGGGUGCUUCGGCUUCAGUGGGUCGAGUCGAGAGCCUUGGCUUCUUAUAUGCUGCAACAAAAGCUUGUGUUGCUUUCUCAGAGCCACCAUACUUUGACAUGAAUCAUUAUACUUUUUCCAUAGUUUAGUUUUAGUAUUUGCAUUUAUUUAUUUCAGGGCUGCUAUUUUCAUAAUGUAAAUGAACAAUGUCUUGGAGAUACUUAUUAACAAACAAAAAAACCUUUCUUUUUGGUAUUUUAGAAUCUGUCAGGUAUUGAAUUGGGUAGUCUUUUGCAACAUGUACAUCUCAAUAAGUAGGCAAUAAUUUCCAUCAUAGAACAUUUCUCAUGAAAUAGUGCUAACACUAAAGCCGAGCUUACAUUAGGUGAAAUCCAGGUUUGAAUGUAUAUUUUGUAAAGUAUAAAGUAUUAAGAGCAAGGAGGGUUUGUACAGGAGAACACCUGUUGUUAAGAUGUGAUGGGAUGUUUCGAUAAAGAAAACUAUUAAUUUACUUUUUUUUCUAGACUUUGUCAAAACUAAAAAUAAUUUGAGGGUUUGGUUGGGUAUAAAAAGCUGUGAAAAAAUGGUUCGACCUACUUUAUAACCAAAGACGCAAAGCUGUGCAAGUCUUUUUUUUUUUUUUUUUUAUAUAUAUAUAAAUGCACACUUUUUUUUUUCCUACACUCUCCUUCCCUCCAUUGUUUUGCUGCCGUUCUGCAUGUUCUGCAUGAUCUAUAAUCAAACCACUUUCUUACCUCGUGUUUUAUCCAGCACUCUUAUUUUAUGUCAAGCGGUCAGUCUGUGAAUGAUUGUGGAAGGAUUUAUGAAAGAGAAAGGGAACAAUGGGUGGAGUAAGUCAGAAAAGGAGCCAUGUUUUGUUCAUGGUAAUGCUGUUAUGCAGACGCAGAGAAAAGGUUGUUACAUUGCAGAUUUUAAUGUAUUUAAUGAAUGCAGCAUUUAGAUCUCGAUUGUAGUGUGCACUUUGCUUACAAAGAUUAAAAAAAAUAGCAACAAUAUCCGCAAAAAAAUGAAACAAUGGAAACUAUUGGACAUUUCACACUUUAAAGCUGGAACGCAGUUGAUUGUGUGUGAGCACAUUAUGGGAUGUCCUGUACGUGUCACGUCUUUUGUGCCUCCUGUGCCGUCGCCUUCUGUCGUCAGGCGAGUCGGUUUCUUUCUCUGGCUCAGAACCAAACCAAAAUGCUUGGUAAAUAUACAAUCAGUCAUCUUUCUAUGGGACGUGCUCUUUGAUUUCCUUUAGUUUCUUUUGCAAACUGGCUUAUUUCUUUUCUCUUUAUAUAUUUUUUCCUUUCAUUUGAAGGAGAUGCAGUGUACAUGCCAAGUGUACUGUAUGAAAGUGAUCACUGAGCCUUGGAGAAAAUAUCUUAACAAUGCCCUUGUAAUGUGCUGUUCAAACAAAUUUAGUUUUCAGUCAAAAAUAAAUUACUGUUUUAUUAAGAGAA